UGGCCUGAACUUGGCUCCUCCCCCUCCCCUCGCCCCUCCCCCAUCCGUGAUGGAGCCCGUGAAGAACAUCGCGAUCUUUGGGGCUACUGGUCGGACUGGGAGAGCCACAGUCCAACUGGCGGCGGAGGGGGGGUACCACGUGACCGUCCUGGUGCGCGACCCCGCGCGGCUCCCGACGCCGCUGCCCCCGAUCCGCGUCGUGCGCGGGGACGCGCGUGACCCCGCGGCCGUGGCCGAGGUCGUGCGGGGUCAGGACGGGGUCAUCAUCGUGCUGGGAACCGGAAACGACCUCAGCCCCACCACGGUGAUGUCAGACGGCACCAGAACCAUCGUGGAGGCCAUGAAGGCUCAUGGGGUCCGCAAGGUCGUGGCCUGUCUGUCGGCAUUCCUGCUCUGGGAUAUACAGAAGGUGCCUCCGCGGCUGCUGCCGGUGACUGAGGAUCACAUCCGGAUGCACCAGAUCCUACAGGAUUCGGGGCUGGACUGUGUCUAUGUGAUGCCGCCUCACAUAUCUGAGGAGCUUCCCCUCACUGGUGACUACUCAGUGUCUGUGGGAUCCUCAGGCUCUUCCCGAGUCAUUUCCACCUGGGAUUUGGGUCAUUUCCUGCUCCGGUGCCUGAGCUCCCAGAGCUACAAUGGCCAAAGUGUCUACGUCUGCCAGAGCUACAGCAAGGAAUAGUGGGAAUGGCGCCGGGAAUGCUGGGAAUGCCAUAGGGAAUAGUGGGAAUGGUGCUGGGAAUGCCGGGAAUGCCAUAGGGAAUAGUGGGAAUGCCAUUGGGAAUAGUGGGAA